UUUCAGGACAACCUUAUUGGAUCUCUGUUGGCCAUAUUUGGACAUCUUGUUAUCAGUAUUGCACUCAACCUACAGAAAUACAGCCAUAUACGUUUGGCUACUUACAAAGACUCUCGUGCCUACUUCAAGACAAAGACAUGGUGGCUUGGUCUCUUUUUGGUGAUACUAGGAGAAACAGGGGUGUUUUCUUCAUAUGCCUUUGCUCCAAUGUCUCUAAUUGUGCCUCUCAGUGCUGUUUCUCUCAUAGCUAGCUCAAUCAUAGGCAUUAUAUUUAUUAAAGAAAAAUGGAGAGCAAAGGAAUUCUUAAGACGUUAUAUCUUGUCCUUUAUAGGCUGUGGGCUAGCAGUCAUUGGCACAUACUUGCUGAUAACCUUUGGACCCAAUAGCCAUGAGAAGAUGACUGGAGAGAAUAUUGUCAAGCAUUUAGUGAGCUGGCCAUUCCUGCUGUACAUGCUGGUGGAAAUCCUUGCCUUUUGUUUUCUGCUGUAUUACUACAAACAGAAGAAUGCCAAUUACAUGAUCAUCAUACUGUUGCUGGUUGCAUUAUUAGGCUCUACAACAGUGGUCACAGUGAAAGCACUGGCUGGUAUGAUCAUGGUCUCUAUACAAGGCAGCAUGCAGCUGGGGUACCCCAUCUUCUACAUCAUGUUUGUGUGUAUGGUGGCUACAGCCAUUGCUCAAGCAUCGUUUUUGGCACAGGCAUUCCAGCUUUAUGAUUCUGCCUUAAUUGCAAGCAUUAAUUAUAUCUUGUCUACAAGCUUAGCUAUAUCUGCAGGAGCGGUAUUUUACAUUGACUUUCGAAAUGAAGAUGCUCUACAUCUUUGUAUGUUUGCUUUAGGGUGCCUUAUUGCCUUUAUGGGUGUGUUUUUCAUAACAAGGAGCAGAAAAAAGACAAAACCUUUUGAACCCUAUGUUGCCAUUAACUCCAUGCCAGGUGUGGUUAACAUGCAUGAUCAUGGCAGUACUAUUCAGCCUGAUUUUGGGAAUUCCUUCUCUUAUGGAGCUCUUCAAAGUAAUGAUAGUUUAUCAGAAAUUUACAUGCCUGCAACACUUCCUGUUGUAACAGAAGAAGCACCAUCAUCCUCUCCACCAUAUAAGAUUUUGGAACACGAUAAGAAUGACUAG